AAUAAAUUGUCACGAUUCGUGGUACGAUGGAUCGAUGUGGUCUUACAUCAUUUGUGGUUGGAUGGAAAAGAUGCGGCGUAUCUAAUUCAUCUUCGCAAAUCGUUAGAUUGUUUCAUAAGCCAGAGAUUACUAUUGCUGAAACGAAUAAUGAAUAAAUUAUUUGGAAGCGAGGGAAUCACCGUUUGCGAUUAAAAUCUAUCUAAUGCCAAUCGAUAAAGCUAUGGCAACGUUGGGAAAACAAAUCCCCACCAACUGUGAAUGGAACACAGACUCUGAGAGCAAUCGUCGAAGGACGCGUCGAUGGACAUUCCUCGGCGCGAAGCAUGGACAUCAAGGAUAGCAGCGACGAAGAGGACGAGAGGACGCGCGAUAUCCCGGCGUUUGGUAAAUUUGAUGAAACCAUUGUGGUACGCAACGCUGAGGAAAUUAAAAGUCCCGUAAGCCAUAGACCUGUGAGUUCUAGGAAAACGAGGAAAAGCGACAGUUCGAACACAUUGGAGGACAGCUCGCCACGCGAAAGGAAACAUGAAUUUAGAAGGUAUUCCAGCAACGAAAUCGGCUUUGAGAAAUCGCUGGAAAUCGGCAGCGAUCCCUCGGAUAGCGAAGAGAGCGACGACGAUGAUAUACAAGGUACAAAUGUAGCAAAACCAAUUGAUCUAUAUGAUCCCAAGGAAUUUGAAAAUCUGGAAGCAUCGACAGAAGUCAAAGAACUAUUUCAUAAUAUAAUGAGAUACACACCGCAGAGGAUCGAGCUGAACUACAAGUUGAUACCAUUCAUUCCCGAUUACAUACCUGCGGUCGGCGACAUAGAUGCCUUCAUAAAGGUGCCACGGCCCGAUGGCAUCGAGGAUAAGAUCGGUUUGACGGUAUUGGACGAGCCCUGUACCGAACAGUCCGAUCCCGCGGUAUUGCAUCUGCAGCUUCGUAGUCAUUCGAGAAGCGCCGGAGCGGCCGCCAGACAGGCUGUCGUGAAAAGGAUCGAGGACGCCGAGAGAAAUGGCAAAUCGAUCGACAAGUGGAUCGAUGACAUGAAUCAGUUGCACAGGAGCAAACAUCCGCCCACCGUGCAGCUAAAUCGAGCGAUGCCGGAUAUCGAUGGUUUGAUGCAGCAAUGGCCAGCACAGGUCGAAGAUAAGCUUAACGAAUUGCAAUUGGAUCUGUCGGGACUCGAUUGCGAUCUGCCUCAACUGGUCGACGUGAUUUGCAAUCUUUUGGACAUUCCCACGCGAGAGAAUACUAAAUUGGAAGCCCUGCACACGCUGUUUACGUUGUUCCUGGAAGUUAAAAAUGCCGAGAAUCGAAACUUUAGUUAACACGUUAGAGAGAAAGUAGAGAGAGAGAGAGGGAGAGAGAACUUCUGUGUACAUUUGUAUACAUUUGUAUAUUAGAUUGUAAACAAUA